AUGGAGUCCGGUUUCCAUAAUUGCAAAAAUGAUUCAAUGAAAGUAUGUGAGAGUGAGAAAGCGAAGUUGAAGAUGCUAUUGAAGAAUGUGGCCAAGAUUAGUUUGACUACGGAUUUGUGGCAUUCUGGCAAUCAGAAGAUGAAGUAUAUGGUGCUCAUUGGGCAUUGGAUAGAUGGUACUUGGAGGUUGAAUAGACGUGUUCUCAACUUUGUGCAUUUACCUCCUCCUUGUACUGGUGUUAUGAUUGCUGACUCCAUUUCCAAGUGCCUUACGGAAUGGAAGAUUGAAAAUAAGGUGUACACUGUCUCAGUGGAUAACGCUUUAAGUAAUAACAUUGCAAUCAGAAUUCUGAGGGAAAAUUUUGAAGUUAUGGGGAAUUUGAUUUGUGAAGGGAAAUUGUUUCAUGUUAGAUGUUGUGCCCAUAUCUUGAACCUCAUUGUUUUUACUGAGAUUGUGCAACAACUUAAAUUGUCGUUUCAGAAGCUUAUUCUACAUUAUAAAACAAGAUGGAAUUUGACGUAUGAAAUGUUGGCAAUGGCGAUUAAGUUUAAAAAAGUAUUUCCUAGGUUGAAAGAAAAGGAUUCAAGUUAUCAUUACUAUCCACAAGAUGAGGAUUGGGAGAAAGUGUGUGACAUUUUAAAGGUUUUUAGUGGUACAACCAAUCUCAUUAGUGGUAGUGAUUAUCCGACAUCUAAUAUAUUUUUAAAGGAGGUUUGUUUAGUGAAAAUGAUGUUGGAUAGUAAGAGUAAAGAUGGAGAUGAGUUUAUUAGAAACAUGGUGAGGAAGAUGAAGGAGAAGUUCGAUAAAUAUUCGGGGGAAUGUAAUGUGCUGAUGUCUGUGGCUGCUGUAUUGGAUCCUCGAUUGAAAAUGAGGGUAAUUCAGUAG